UAUUUUUUGAAUUAUUUAUUCUUUCUCUCUUUAUUUGUCUGGAAUAAUUCUCUCUUCGCGGCCGACCAGACCUCCUCUAGAGAUUAUUUAACCUCUGCUGAAUCUCCUCUGCUGGUGAAGUUUUGUCCCUGUAUCCUGUGUCAUAGUUCCAUCCACCACUACUGCCUUAUCGACUCGAUCGAUUAUCAACACAGCCCCGCCAUCUGAUUUAAACUGCGGCCCGCCAAAAGUCAGCCGCUGUCGUCACCCACGGUUCGAUCAAAUCAUCCUUCCAUCUCGUCCUUCUAUACUCCCGUCCAUCACAACAGUCAGUCACCCUCACCAUCUGCCUUCCAUCCCUCCGAGUCAUCGCCUCGAUCACAUUCCCGCAUUGCACAUGUCUCGCUACGGCGACUAUCGUCGCUCCACGGGGGCUCUUGACGAUGACCGCUACCCACAUGAGCGACGGGAGCGUCACCACCGUCACCGUUCGCGCGCUCCCUCGGUACUCGAUCGCCCCCGCCGAUUCGAAGAGGAUGAACGCUUCGAGUACCGUCUGCACGAACAAGAUCGCUACGGCCCUCCUGCGCGUCGUCCCGACGUCGUCUACCAGGACGAUCAUUUGGUCUACCCAUCUGGUCCUCUGGUUGCAUACGAUCGCCGUCGCGCGGAGAGCCCUCGGCCCCGACCCCGACUUCUUCGUCGACAAUCCUCGCUAGACACAUUUGAUCGGAUCCCCUCGCGCAAAUUAGACGAAUACUACUACAGCGACUACCCUCCCAGGUCAUCUCCCAGCCCGCCACCCCGACGCGGCUCCUACCACCGGACUCGUGAGCCAGACUACUAUGAGGAAAUCAGCAUCGCUGAAGGGGACUAUGGCGAGGAUGAGUACCGAGACGUUCGCGAACGGAGCGUGGGACGGCCCCGUCGCUCGGCGAGUCGUUUUCGGGAGCGAUUAGUGGAGGAAGUGGAUGUGGAAAAGCCAUAUCCUCGGAAAGGCAAGACUCGCAUGCCUCGCAAGAUGGUUCACACCACUGCGAUCCGCGAGUUUGGCUACCCGUAUGAGGAAGAGGGUAAAAUGAUUGUCAUCCAGCUGGCGCUGUCCAAAGAGCAGAUUGACGAGGUCAUUGGGAGGAGUCGCGAGAUCAAGCGCCUGACCGAGACACGCGUUAUACACACCAGCUCGCCGUCUCCAGUUCGUGCCCGCCGUCGAGACAGAACUGUGGAGCGAGUCCCUAUGGAGACCUACACCCCUAGAACCAGCCAUGACACUCUUCUCAUCGAGCCGUCUCCGUCGCGGCAUCGGUCCCAUUCGCGCCACCCCCACCACCCCCAGCAUCACCAUGGCGAGCUCUUGGAGAAGAAAGUGACUAGAACUGUAUCACGUUCCCGAGGCAUUUCGAUGCAUGGCCGACCUCGUCGUCGGUCGUCGCCGGUGCGCAGGUUCGAGCGAUACGAAGAAGAGCCUAGCAAAGCUCACGCUGGCCCGCUAGCAAUCGUGGUGCGUCCCCGCGACAGCGACGAAGAUCUACGAGAGUACGGGCAGAUCGAGCGACGUGGCAGCGGAGAGUAUGUCCGCGACACGGAAAUUAUUGGGGAUGGCGUUGCGGAGGAAAUCCAUGAAGUGAAACGGGAGCGCAGAGAUCUCCUGCAUCGCAUCUACUCAAGACACAUCAGUAGAAUCGUGCCGACCUUCGUCAUGGACAAGUUCUCAGCGUUCGGAAAGAACCUCAGCGCGAGCUUCUCUCCUUUUGCUCAGCGCACCCAGCAGAUGAUCCGCGAGCAACUCGGCCAGGCAGAAGAUCGGACUCAGCUUCCCGAUGAGUACAUCGAGUUGGAGAAGCGCGUGGAUGCGCUGAAGAUCGUGCACCAGAAGCUUCUCCAGGUGACUUCCCAAUACUCCAAUGAAGCCUACGACUACCCUCCCAACAUCCGUGAAUCCUUCAACGACCUGGGUCGCACGAUCAACGAGAAAGUGUCGCUUCUCUCCCAAGCCUCGUCGCCUGCCGAGGCUCAGGCGGCUUUGGUCGCUCCCCCUUCGGCCAAGCCCCAACCCAAGACCUUCAACCACGCCAUCGCUCGCGCCUCGCUGGCCGGAUCCCAGACCCUAGCGCAAUCCUCUCAUGGCGAGGACCCCCUGGCCACCGCUCUCGAGAAGUAUGCGCUGGCCGAGGAAAAGGUGGGCGAGGCCCGGCUGGCCCAGGACGCCCAGAUUCAGUCGCGCUUCCUGGCCGGGUGGAACACCACACUCAACACGAACCUGAUGUUCGCGGCGAAGGCGCGCAAGAACGUCGAGAACGCCCGUCUCAUGCUCGACUCGAUCAAGGCGGCCAAGAAGGCUCAGGUCAAGGGCGACUGGGACAGUCUGAGCGAGGAGGCCCGCGCCGAGAUUGAGCAGGCAGAGGAUGAGUUCGUUGGACAGACCGAGGAGGCUGUGAGCGUGAUGAAGAACGUCCUCGACACCCCCGAACCCCUCCGAAACCUGGCCGAUUUGAUUGCCGCACAGCUCGAGUUCCACAAGCGGGCUUAUGAGAUACUCAGCGAGUUGGCUCCUGUUGUGGAUGGUCUGCAGGUUGAACAAGAGGCUAGCUACCGUAAGAGCCGCGAGGGCGCUUGAAGGCAGCUCAAAUUGUAAAUUUCCUUAAGCUUUCGUUGUUUGUGUUGGACAUGCAGCCCCGUUGAUUCAGCCCUGUUUGCUUUCAUGACAGUGUUUUAUAUCCUUGAGUAGGCGGAUAUCUCGGUUAGUUGACU